AUGGAGAUCAAUUUGAGCAGCAGCUACCAGCGUGUGCUUGCGAAUGGGGACGUGGACGCUAUGGAGUGUAUUCGGCUGUGGUAUAUCCUCUACAUCUGUGAUCGGCACCUAUCGAUCCUCUACGGCCGCCCAUCAAUUGUCAAAGACGACAUUUCUAUUUCGGGCUGGGAAGCGCUGAUGAGGACAUCGGCGUUCACUGAAGCUGACAAGCGGCUUGUGAGUCAGAUGGCUUUGUUAAUUAUUAUGGGAAACGCAAGAGAGCUCUUCGGCCCAGAUACAGGAGAGCCUAUCCCUAAAGCCUUCGCGCCGCAAUUGACGAGCUUCAGCCGUCAGAUAGACCAUUGGAUGGGCUUCUGGUCUACGGAACUUCUAAAGAUUCAUCAGUCCAUUGGUGGCUUUCCGACGAAAGGUGUGAUCAUUCACCACCACCUUGCUAAGCUCCAUCUCCACUCCCACGUCUUUCGAGGCCUCAAGGGUGCUCCUGUGCCACCACACUUUUACGACAGCGCAGUCGCUGCUGUCGUAGCAGCUACAGAUACAAUCGAGAUGGUCUUGACUGAUUUCGACAUUCAGGAAGGGCUCGUGGGCAUUCCGCACUAUAUUCACUCUAUGAUAGCCUUUGCGUGCGCCUUCCUGUUGAACAUCGCUGCGCAGUAUAGCGGACAGUAUAUUACCGAUACUGUGGUCUUUGAUUUGACAACGAGAGCAGUGCAACAGUUCCGCUCAACAGCCGUUGGAAAGUGGCAUCUUGUUCAUCUGAUGGCCGAAGGAUUAGAGAAGAUGAUCGCGAAGAAGGGUGGUAGUCCAGCUGCACGGAUUAUUUCAGCUCUUCCGACUGAUGCAAGCCAACCUGUGAUGCCAGAUGGCUCGGAACUGAACACCCCGUUGACUGGAGGCUCCUAUGGCGAUAAUCUCUUUGGUGGCUUUGACGACGCGUACAACUCAGGCACCUCUUCGUUUUUGAACUUCGAUACUGGCACAAUUGAUCUCGACUUCGCUGGGUUCAGCUUUUAA